UCUCCGAGGCGACAUGUUAUCCGGGGACUUUAUUAUUGAAAAGUUUAAUAACUAAACUGAGGGUGGAUUUGUUGCUGCCAUCGCCUAAUUUAUUUCAUGUUUUAUUCGGAUGGAAGAAGGUCGUAAGGAUGUCAUCAUGCCAGCGUCCAAAAAAGGAGGUUCGUGGUUGAAGUACGUCAGUCUUUGUGUGUUGGUCGUACAGAAUGCCGCCAUGGUUCUGACGACUCGCUACUCUCGCACAGUUCCCGGAGAUAUGUUCAUUGCCACGACGGCGGUUGUGAGCGCCGAGUUCAUGAAACUAGCGACGUGCCUUGUCGUUUUGGGAUUCGAGCAUCGGAUGGGUCUCUUUGGCGUCUUGUGGCAACAUCUCUUUGUACAGUGUGUUGACUGUCUCAAGUUGGCUGUGCCUGCGCUGCUCUAUACUGCGCAGAAUAAUCUCCUGUAUGUGGCAAUAGGGAAUCUUGAUGCUGCAGUUUUUCAGGUUACAUAUCAACUAAAAAUUUUGACGACUGCAUUAUUCUCUGUUGUAAUUCUGAGGAAAUCAUUAGUCCGUUUACAAUGGCUUUCAUUGCUGAUACUAUUUGCUGGAGUGUCGAUCGUCCAAGUGCAGCAACACCAACAACACACCAAUCAGUCCCAGUCUCAGUCAUCACCCUCUAAUGCUCAAAAUCCACUAGUUGGUCUUGCAGCAGUCGUAGUAGGAUGCCUGUUUUCGGGAUUUGCCGGUGUGUACUUUGAAAAGAUCCUGAAAGGCACGCAAGCGUCUAUAUGGCUACGAAACGUUCAGUUGGGAUUGUUCGGUACAAUACUGGGUCUGAUCGGAAUGGUGAUGAAAGAUGGAGCUGUAGUAGCUGACAAAGGGUUUUUCUUCGGCUACAGUCCACUCGUUUGGGGCGUGAUCGCCCAACAGGCAUUCGGUGGACUUCUUGUUGCCGUCGUUGUUAAAUACGCCGAUAACAUUUUGAAAGGCUUUGCGACAUCGAUAGCGAUCAUGUUGUCAUGCAUCGCGUCGAUCUUCCUUUUCGACUUUCAUCUUACGUCGAAGUUUACUACCGGCGCUGGACUUGUUAUACUGGCGGUUUACUUGUAUGGUCGACCGUCUAAAGUGGCGAGCUCGACUUCGUCUGGGUCGAAGCAGUCAGCAGAGUCAAAGAGUUAGUAGUAAUGAAAGGUGAAGAGACUGAGUGUCUACAGAGUGACGCUUGGGUUGUUAUGUCGUGGAUAGCUUGUGAUGUAUGACACAGGCAUAUACGGAUAAUUGCAUCAGAUAUAUUGAGCUUGCUGAAGUACCUUUGUAAGUGGGACUUUGCUUGGGUCGAUUGAGUAUGGUGUGAACAACUUAUUGGGUGAAGGAUGGUAUACUACUGUUGUUUGGUCAAAUACGAUUGUGCAAGGAUAUGUGUACAUGAUCAUGUCGGUACUGUGUAUAUGUGCACACUAUCAUGCAUACAAAUAAAAGUUAUGAAUAU